UUUUAAAAAGUAGUUGUAAAACCGAGAUGGGCAAACUCAAAUUAAGCAUUGACAAAAAAAGACAGCGAGAAAGACUACGUAAAGCUAAACAAAGAGAGAAUCACGAAAUGAGAUGGAGUGGAAAUCAGAACAGACGAGAAAGGGGACCAACACCUGAUAUACCGCUGCUAGAUAAUGGUGAUUCUGGUCCGAGUACAUCAUCUAAUGUUCAACUCGGAACUGAAGCUUAAACUAUUUGUAAAAGAAACUACAUAUUGAUUGACAGCUUUAGAGAAAAUGAAAAUGAGACACAUCGAAAACAUUACAGAGACCAGGUACAAUAGAGCAGAUAUUCAUUCUUUUGACCCUGAUUUCGAUUAAGUUUUUCUAAUAUGAUAG